GCGUGAACCAGCCUAAAAUAAGUAUCCUAAUUCAUUGGGAUCGGGUAUUGGUAUGCGUAAUAAACAAAAGCGGAAACGGCCAUAAUAGACCAAACACAUUACCAAGUUUGACUAAUACAAAAUUUUGUAAGUAGCGUGGGGCUGUUGGCGGUGGGCGGAAGUUCAGAGGUUUAUUUUUUUGUUUUCCCAUUUGAUUAGAUUGUAUCCGGUGAUCGGCAACGAUGAGCAAAGUUCAUGCUUUUAAUGAGGUGGCGGAGCACAACAAGAAAGAUGAUUGCUGGCUUAUCAUCUUUGGAAAGGUUUAUAAUGUAACCUCAUUUCUGGAUGAUCAUCCUGGAGGUGAUGAUGUCUUGCUGACUGCAACAGGGAAGGAUGCAACAGAUGAUUUUGAAGAUGUUGGUCACAGUGAUGAUGCAAGAGAGAUGAUGAAGAAAUACUACGUUGGUGAGAUUGACAGUUCUACCCUUCCUGUUGAGCGCAAAUAUACUCCGCCUGCAACGCCACCACCCGCUGGAAACCAGGGUUCUGGAAAUUUAUCGAAGAUAUUGCAAUUCUUGUUACCAUUGUUGAUAUUGGGCGUAGCGCUUGCCUUGCGUUCCUUUUAUCAGAAAGAGUAGAUCAACUGUCAUAUUUCAAGCUGCAAUGGCGUAUGGAAUACAAUACAACUUUCUCAUAAGCUGCUUGCCAUUUUCAUAUGUAGUGUUUUAGUCUUACGGAUUAGUAUCCUUUAUUCAGCUUAUGUGUAUUUUCUACCCUUUGUUGGAUGUUCUACUGGGAUGCUGAGAUAUUAAGACUUUGUUACCUCUGUUGGAUGUCACUGCUGGUAAUGCUGUCUGUUAGUGGAUGUUAGAAUACAAGUUUUAUGACACAAGUGUUCUUUA